AUGGACGACUCAUCGUCAGAGGAUGAGGACGACGACGACGUCGAGAUGGCUAUGGCCAUCAUUUUGAAUGAUGAUGAAGAUGGGAUUGGUCAUUGGGUUUCCAAGGAUCGUUUUGCUGCAAAGCGUCUGCAUGCUCUUGCUGCAGAUCUCGAUGGUCCGAAGAGACGUAUUAUUGAAGAGCAUAGUGCAUUUAGAGCAUUGUUGAAUGUAUCUCCAUUCAACAUUCCUAAUGCUCUAAUAGACUUUGUUGCCUCUCAUACUAGCCCUGGUUUGCGGGAGUUCAAGUUCCACAAGAAGAGGAUAGUUUUCACAAAAGAUAUGGUGAGGAAAGUUUUUGGAAUUCGAUGUGGCGACAGACUUAUUGUUCAGAAGAAAGGUGAGCAUCCUGAGCUGCGGCAGAUGUACAUAGAAGAAGGACAAUCAAGGCCUUUCAUCCAGCAUGCUGUUAAAUUGCUCAAGGCUUGUGAUGUUACGGAGGACCUCACCAUUAUCAGAACAUGGGAUCUUCUAUGUUUGGCUACGGUUAUUGACCCUGGUAGCGCAAAUCUGCUUAGCCUUGACUAUUUGGACUGUAUGUUGGACCCUCGGAGGACUCACGAGUUUGCAUGGGAUGAACACUUGCUUGAGUUAGCAAUGCAGGAGGUUACAAAAAUCAAUAGCAAGACAGCAGAGGUAGUGGUACCAGGAAAUGCUAAGAAACAUGAGUUUUGGAUCACUGGACCGUUCGCCCUUCUAGUUGUUGUCUACAUGGAUCACCUGGAUUUUCCACGAAACCAACAUGUCAUUAACUACUCAAUUCCUAGAGUAUGUUUUGUGACCAGUGGUGAUUUCAAGUUUGUUGUACAAAAUGAUGCUGAUAGGAAGAUCCUGAAUAAUAAGACUUUUCUUGAACUGUCAAACACUCCUUAUGGAGUUGCUGCUUUUUCUAACCGUCAUCAUGUUGAGGAGCCUGUUGAGCAGCCUGUUGAAGAUUCUGAAGUGAACCCGUCUGCGUCGCUCAAUGAAUGGCUUGUGUUUCCUACUAGUCAGGAUCUUGAGUUGUUGUUAUGUGCUACCAUGGGAUCAUCUGAAAACCCCCAGCUUCAUUAG